GGAAGCAGUGUCCUCGACGCAACAAACGUCUGAAGCAAAUUUAUCAACAUCAUCACUAGGAACAAACUCAAAUAUACUAGUACGACAAUAGACUCGCCUGGCCAGAGGGCGAAGCAACCCGCUGCCCACUAAGGCCGCCGUUAUGCUCAGGGGCCAUGGAACUUCCCCAUCAGCGGUAUGCCUCUGGCGCGGGUUCCUCCUACUGCUACUGCCGGAGGGACUUGUCUCCACUACCUUUCGCCGGUUCAGAGAUGAACUUCACGUCCCCUUGAUAUAUGAGAACAUGUUAGAACCACUGGACAACUUCGGCUGGAACAGGACUUCGUCUGUCAGCCAUCCGGGGACAACUGCAGGAGCUACGGCGUCCACGCCUUCAGGAUCACCUGAUCUUUCAUUAACCACCAAUAACUCCCCAUCACAUUUUAUUAACACCGCAGCUGAGUACCCGGCGGUCGCUGAGGACCCAGGGGUCGCUGAGGACUCAAAGGUCCCUGAGGAUCCAGGGGUCACUGAGGAUCCAGGGGUCACUGAGGACCCAGGGGUCCUAGUGAUCACGGUUGGAAAGGAUGAAGCGGUGGAAAAGAGAAAGGAUUAUUUCUUACCGAAGUCGUUGAGGCCCAUCCACUACGUCAUCAAGGUUCAGCCCUUCAUCAACGGCAACUACUCCAUCCACGGGUUCAUGGAGGUGGAGGUGGAAGUGUUGGAGCCCACGUCCAAUAUAACCUUGCAUGCUCUGAAUAUGACCAUCCAGACGAGCUCCGCGAAGUUGGUAGCAGUGAAAGAGGAGACACCAGGCACAAGAGAACAAGGAGAGAGAGGAGAGGAGCGUGUCCCUGGGAUCAAGCACUUCACCGUCGACGUCUCCCGACAGUUCUUCACGGCUCACCUGACGGGACAGCUCCUCCCCGGCCGGAGGUUACGCUACUCCAUGAGCUACGUGGCUACCCUCUCCCACGAGUCUUCGGGGUUCUAUGGUGUCGAGUACACUGACAGCGACGGUACCAAGAGACGCCUGGUGAGCACGCAGCUCCAGGCCACCGACGCCAGGAAGGCCUUUCCAUGCUUCGACGAGCCCGCCCUCAAAGCCACCUUCGAGCUCCACGUAGCCAGGGAGACCAACAUGACGGCCCUCUCCAACAUGCCUCUCCUAAACACGACUCCCAGGGAAGGUGAGGAAGGGUGGGUGGUGGACCACUUCGUGACCAGCCCUCCCAUGUCCACCUAUGUCCUCGUCCUCAUCGUGUCCCCUCUCCAGUAUGUCCACGUCCCCAAUCCCGGUGGUGUUCCCAUCACAGUGUGGGGGCGGCCGGAGACGUUGCCUACGACUUCCCUUGUGCAACAGGAGGCGCCCAGAAUGCUCGCCUUCUUCGAGAAUUACUUCGGGGUGCCCUUCUCCUUGCCCAAGCUCGACCUCGUGGCGCUGCCAAGAAUCAUAGGCAGUGCUUUCGAGGGCUGGGGUAUUAUCAUUUAUUAUGAUGAGAAAGCGAUGACGUACGACCCAGCGGUGGACGACGACUCCCACAAAGCCCUAGUGACGUACGUGCUGGCCCACGAGCUGGCCCACCAGUGGUUCGGUAACCUGGUCACGCCCAGGUGGUGGACCGACCUCUGGCUCAGUGAAGGCUUCGCCUCCUACCUCCAGUACCUCUCUGUCAGCAAUCUAACGCCAUCAACAGUUUCGGUAGAGAGAGAGAUGUUUCAUAUUAUCGAAAACACUCUCUAUAUAGACCACGAGCCAUCUUCUCACGAAAUACGAGUGCCUGUCUUCAACCCAGAAGAAAUAUGGGACCUGUUUGAUGCCAUCUCAUACUUUAAGGGUUCCUCAGUCAUCCAUAUGAUGAAACACUUCCUAUCCGAGCAAACUUUCAGGAAGGGCUUGACGAACUUUCUCCGUGGAUGCCAGUACAAGAACGCGGACCAGGACGACCUGUGGCGGCACUUGACGGUGGCCGCGCGCCACGACGCAGCCUUGCCCCUGGGUGUCAGCGUGAAGAUGGUGAUGGAGCCCUGGACGCUGCAGGCCGGCUACCCCGUCAUCACGGUGGUCAGGAGCACCACUGGCACCUCUGCCACCGUCUACCAGGAAAAGUUGUUACUGGGAACGGAUAAAAACUUUACCGUGAACGAGUUCCCUAAAUGGUGGAUUCCCUUGAGCUUCACCAGCCGGAGCGAACUGGACUUCAACCACACCCAGCCCCGAGUGUGGAUGAGGAGCACUGAGUCCCAGGUCACGGUCCCAGCCCUGCCCAGCAAGGACCAGUGGGUCAUAUUCAACGUGAAGAGAGCAGGUUACUACAGGGUCACCUACGACCUGCACAACUGGAACCUGAUCGUGAAGCAGCUCCUCACUGACCACACAGUUAUACAUGUCCUUAACAGAGGCCAGCUAAUUGGUGAUGCUCUCGAACUUGCUCUGGCUGGACAUCUCUCCUACAAGACUGCUCUGGACGUCAUCGAGUACGUGGAGAAGGAGGAGGACAUGCUGGUCUUCAAGGUCCUCCUCGCUAACAUUAUGCGCAUGGAGAAGCUGCUCAGAGUUACUCCUGCCUAUGAGGGCUUUAAGAAGUACGUGUUUUCCCUGCUGGUGCCGCUCUACAGGCUGCUGGGUCUGGAGAAGGACACCCGGGCCCAGGACGUGCUGAGGGAACACACACAGGUGGUGAGGUGGUUGUGUGUCUUGGACCAUCCUGACUGCGUCCACCUCGCCCAGCUCCUCUACAGCCAGUGGAGGGACAAACCCGAAUUCAUCAAUGUGCCGGAGGAGGUACGGGAGACUGUGUACUGCACCGCCAUUGCUAAUGGCGGAGAGGCGGAGUGGCAGUUCGCCUGGCGCCAGUACUUCCUGACCAGUGACGCCAAGCUCAAGGACCAGCUGGUGAAGGCGCUGGCCUGCAGCAAGGACCCCCGGGUCAAGGCUGGGUACCUGGAUGUGGCCUUCACCGCCGGCAUGAAGCUGAGGGCUCACGACAUCUUCCAGGUCUUCAGUUCCGUGGCGUCUCACGCUCCAGGCGACAGUGUAGCCUGGAACUUCCUCCUCAAGAACUGGGAUGAUGUUACUGAUAUGUUUGGCAACCACGAUGACGUGGCGGAAGCUUUCUUGAAGGCUGCCACCAAAACAUUCAACAGCAAGCAACAUUUGUUGCAGCUGGAGGUCUUCAAGACGGCCCACAAGAACCAGGAGAGUGUGGUCAGGGCCUCUGAGUCAGCCAUGGAGAGGACCAACAUCAACAUGGCCUGGAUGGAGAGGAACUAUGAUGUCAUUUGCCAGUGGUUGGAAGCUCACGGCUUCUCCACCAAGCUGCUGGUGUAUUGACGCUAAUGUCUUUAUUGACCUACUCAACUAGUUAAUAUAUAUAU